CCUUCCACGCUCGCAACGCACAGUACUACUACUACUAGACCAGUCCAGUACUCCACCACCGCUGGUAGCGCAAAUCAAACGACCAAAGCUGCCAGCGAGAGAGAUUGCGGGCGCACACACACAAAAAAAAAAGUAGAAGCGAAAAGGAGGAGGUGGGGAGAGAGGCUUUAGGGAGGAGGAGGAGGAGGAGCGGAAGGAAGCCCCCAAAUCGCAAACCCUAGCCUCCCGAUCUGCAAUGCCGUCGGCGUGAGGGGCGCCCGCAGAUGAGGCGGGUCGCGCCGGCGAUGAUCCUCGCCGCCGGGGCCGGCGGCGGUGACGACGGCGAAGGGGUCCAGGCGUUGGUGGAGAAGGCGCUGCCGAAUGGGGAUGUCUACCGCGGUGGGUUCGCCGGCGGCGCGCCGCACGGCAAGGGCAAGUACGUGUGGGCCGACGGGUGCAUGUACGAGGGGGAGUGGCGCCGUGGGAAGGCGUCCGGUAAGGGGCGUUUCUCGUGGCCGUCCGGUGCAACCUUCGAGGGGGAGUUCCGCGGCGGGCGGAUCGAGGGGCAAGGCGUCUUCGUCGGCCCCGACGGCGCCACCUACCGCGGCGCCUGGGCGGCGGACCGCCGGCAUGGCGCUGGCGCCAAGAGCUACGCCAACGGCGACUACUACGAGGGGCAGUGGCGCCGCAACAUGCAGGACGGCCACGGCCGCUACGUCUGGGCCACCGGCAACCAGUACGUCGGGGAGUGGCGCGGCGGGGUGAUUUCCGGCCGCGGCGUGCUGAUCUGGGCCAACGGGAGCCGCUACGACGGGGUUUGGGAGAACGGCGUGCCAAGGGGGACGGGAGUGUUCACUUGGCCCGACGGGAGCCGGUACGUCGGUUCCUGGCCGCGCAGCUGUGUGGACCUGCCAGCCAUCAGCGGCACCUUCUUCCCGCCGGUUGGCGUGGGGGGCGGGGGUGCAGCGCGGAAGAGGUCCUCCGUUGAGGGGAUUGGUGAGAAAGCAGCAGCCGUGCCCCGGAUCUGCAUCUGGGAGUCGGAGGGCGAAGCGGGAGACAUCACCUGCGACAUUGUGGACGCGCUCGAGGCGUCCAUGCUCUAUCGGGAGGCCGCUCCCGUUGCAGGUGGGCCGACUUAUAUGCGGACACAGCGCAGCACCACCCGGCGAGGAGCCAACGGAGGCCCGUGCUGGUCGUCAUCAGCCGCCACCACACCUGAGGGGAAGCGACCUGGGCAGACCAUCUCGAAGGGGCAUAAGAACUACGAACUCAUGCUGCAGCUGCAAUUGGGCAUCAGGCAUUCGGUGGGUAAAUCUGCCGCGGUGCCGAUCCGGGAGCUGGCACUGACGGAUUUUGAUCCUAGGGAAAAGUUCUGGACGCGGUUCCCACCUGAGGGGUCGAAAGUCACACCGCCGCAUUCCUCCCCGGAUUUCCGCUGGAAGGACUACUGCCCCAUGGUGUUCAGGCAUUUGAGGAAGUUGUUUGCUGUUGAUCCGGCGGAUUACAUGCUCGCUAUCUGUGGAAAUGAUGCCCUGAGGGAGCUCUCUUCGCCUGGGAAAAGCGGAAGCUUCUUUUACCUCACCCAAGAUGAUCGCUUCAUGAUUAAGACCGUGAAGAAAUCAGAAGUCAAGUUGCUGAUUCGGAUGUUGCCUAGCUACUACCAACAUGUUAGUCAAUAUGAUUACUCACUAAUCACAAGGUUCUAUGGUGUCCACUGUGUAAAACCUCUUAAUGGGCAGAAGGUCCGCUUCAUUGUCAUGGGCAAUUUAUUCUGCUCAGAGUAUCAGAUUCAUCGUCGUUUUGAUCUUAAAGGUUCAUCCUAUGGCCGAACAGCGGACAAAUUUGAAGAAGAGAUUGAUGAGACAACCACUCUUAAGGACUUGGACCUGAACUUUGUAUUUCGGUUGCGGCGAUCUUGGUAUAGAGAUCUGCAUCAGCAACUUCGGAGAGAUUGUGAAUUUUUGGAGUCUGAAGGGAUUAUGGAUUACAGCUUCUUGGUGGGAGUUCACUUUUGUGAUAAUGUAUCUGCCUCAAAGAUGGGCUUGUCUACUUUCACUGCUUCUCCAAAGCUUUCAAUGAAGAGAGAAUCAUUUCAAGUUGGUGGUGGCAUGCCAGAGCUGUGCUUCUCAGAUAAUGAUUUUGAUAGGGUACCAGAUUGCAGGAAGCCAUUGAUUAGACUGGGGGCACACAUGCCAGCAAGGGCGGAGCAAGCGUCCAGAAGAAGUGAAUUUGACCCAUUUCUCCUCGGCGGUGGGGGAUUCUUGGCCCCAAACCAGACUGGCGAAGUGUAUGAUGUGAUCCUGUAUUUUGGUAUAAUCGACAUUCUCCAGGAUUAUGACAUCACCAAAAGGCUUGAGCAUGCCUACAAGUCGUUACAGACGGACCCCAAUUCAAUAUCUGCCGUAGACCCGAAGCUCUAUUCGAAGAGGUUUCAAGAUUUUAUUGGCAGAAUUUUUGUGGAAGAUGGCUAGAAUGGGGUAAAGAUGCAACGUGAACUCUAUUUGGAUUACAGAUUACCUGCAAGAAUUCGAAGGUGGUUUUGCAAGAUAUUUCUGCGCCGUAACUGGAGCCCCACGUAAUUACCAGCCAUCAUCUUCUGCAACAGGGAUCUGGUAAAAGCAGCACGUCCGCUUGGUCACGUCGUUGAACCUCGUUCAGCAGUGCAGGGAGAUUAAGUUGCGAAAGCAAUUUGUGGCGAAUUUGCUACAAGAAUUGGAUUGGCUGGAUUUUGAAGCACAGCCACGAAGUAGGAGAGUAGGUAUCUGUAUAUUUUGUGAUUUGGUGGGGUUCUUCUAGAUUCGAUGGUAGGACUUUUCUUUUCUUCAUUUAGGUAGGAUUCCUUUCGCAGGUUUAAUUUCCCCCUUUUAUAUAUCUGUUGGAUGUAAAGAAGGGGAUAGGGGAUUUUUGUUUCCAGAAAGAGGGUAUUUAAGGCUGCGGCAAGCAGUGAAUAAUGAGAUCAGUACAGAUACAUUUUGAUCCAGAGAAUGGAUUCAAUUCAGCAUCUUCA